AUGCUCCAAGCGCCGCCGGUAGCUGCCGCGAAGCAAUACCAGGGUAGGCUCAGCAACAAGAUCAACACCGAUGGCGGAAAAUGCGAGUAUUUCGGGUCGCCCUUCGACAAGAGUGAAUUCUUCGACGGAGGGAAGGUCGCGCGCUUCCCGCCGGAGAUUUUUGACAAGGGAGCCGCAUGUGGCGCGUGCUACUUCGUCUCGUGCGUGAAUAACUCGCGCUGCGUAGCGGACGCAAAGGUAAAUGUCCGCGUGGUGGGCAUUUCAAAGAAUAAUUCGCGGAUCAUGAUUUCUGACGCGGCGUGGAGCAAGAUCGCCAAGGAUAAGGACAAGAACCCUGUGGAUUUCAAAUACGAGCGCGCGCCGUGCAGCAACGCGACGAGAAUCGCCGUGCGGGUUCGCGAUAAGUCCACCGAGGACGAGUUUAAGGUGCAGAUCUUGGGAACGGCCGGCCCGGGAAGCGUGGAGCGCGUGGAGGUGUCGAACGAUGGGUCCACGUGGAAGGCGCUGGAAAAAUCUGAUGUCAAGGCCACGUGGAAGAUCAAGGGCGAAAAGGCUUUCCUGCGCGCCAACAAAACGCUUUCGUUCCGCGUGACCGCGAGGGACACUAAGGAGCAAGUCGUUCUUAAAGACGUGCUCCCCGCGGAUUGGAAAGCGGCCACGACUUACAAGUCUAAGGAUGUGAACUUCAAGAAGGACCCCCCGGCGACGCCUGCUGCUGCGGCCGCGAAACCCAAGAAGGACGAGGCCGCGAAGCCGGGCGCCGUGCGAGCAGCGGUGACCAAGGCGGAGGAAGCGGUAAAGAAGGUGAGCGAGGUGCUCACCAAGGCCACCGACGCGGGGCUGUCCAGUAGCAGCAGGGACUUGGUCAUGCUUCUUGAUGUGGCGUGCAUGAAGGGGAUCGGGGUUUAG